UGGGUUGCAUAUGUUCAAAUAACCAAAAGUGAGGUUAUGUGGUUAUCAAAAUAACACAUUUUCUAACAAUGUUUGGGCAUUAAAAGACACAAAGACUUAAUUAAUGCAUUUGGGUGUAACAAAAUCGUCGACUCGUGGAUAGAUUUUCGCUUGCGAGCUGCCAACAAAGUUUGAGGUUAUGUCGAGGGUAAACAUUUUUUAGCAACGAAGUCCCGUAAUAGUGGCCAAGAUGUCAAAUCUUGAACCUUUCAACUGUGAAACUGGGCAAAUUGAAUUUUAUUCCUGCAAGGACUGUUUUUUCCAAACAAAAAUGUCAGUUCUGUUCAAACAACACUUCCAAGAGCACCACUCCAUUAAAACAGAGCACCACGAAAAAUUCACCAUGAGAAACUACGUUUGUGAAAAAUGUGUCUUUGAAACCCACUUUGCCGUAACAUGGCUCCAACACUCUUUAGCUUGUCUGACGAAACAAGAAAAACGAACCGUGAAAAACAAAGACAUUGAAGAGACAAAUUUAACCCAGCUUCGGUACCAGUGCCAACAAUGUCCGUACAAAACCAAAGAAAGUUUCAGCUUAAAAAGACACACAAUUGCCCGACACCUGGAUGAAAGCGCCAUUAAAUGGUACAAAUGCAACCAGUGCCCCUACAAAGCUAAAGAAAAUUCCAAACUGAAAAGACACAUAAAUUCGCGCCAUCUAGACGAGCACGCCAUUAAAUGGUGCAAAUGUGAAAAGUGCCCGUUUAAAGCUAAGUUAAACUCGACUUUAAAAAACCACGUGAUCGCUCACCACUUAAACGAGCGAGAUAUUAAAUGGUACGAGUGUGAUGAGUGCCCGUUCAAAACCAAAAAAAGCUUUAAUUUAAAGCAACACAUCUACGGCGUCCAUUCCAACGACCAAGACAUUAAGUGGUUCGAAUGCGACAAGUGUUCAUACAAAGCUAAACAAAAAGGGCAGCUGAAUCGUCACGUGAUUUCGCACCAUUUGGACGAAAAAGACAUCAAAUGGUACGAAUGUGCGAAGUGUCCCUUCAUUACAAAACACACGUCGUCGCUAAAUGCACACACAAAUUCGCAGCAUUUGGAUGAACGCGAUAUUAACUGGUUUCAGUGUGAUAAGUGUCCAUAUAAAGCUAAAACGAGGUCGCAUUUGAAGCGGCACGUCAACACGCAGCAUUUGAACGAACAGGAUAUUAAAUGGUUCCUGUGUGAAAAGUGCCCGUAUAAAGCUAAGGAGAAGUCGCGACUGAAUAAACACAAGGACGCGCGACAUUUCACCGCGAAGGACAUAAAGUGGUACGAAUGUAACAAGUGCCCGUUUAAAAGCAAACAGAACUCGAAUUUGAAGCAACAUGUCAAGUUUCACCAUUUGGACGAAGAGGAGAUGAAGUGGUUUCAGUGUGACAGGUGUGCGUACAAGACUAAGAGAAAGUCGCAUUUGAAGAGGCAUUUAAAUGCGCGACAUUCGACAGAAACGCUGAAGAUAAUUUGUCAAUAA